AGGUAUGAAAUCCUUCGUUCCUGUUCCAGAAGGCUCCGAUUUUCCCAUUGAGAAUUGUCCAUAUGGAGUAUUUUCUACAAAAGAUAAUGCCAAACACAGAAUUGGUGUUGCUAUCGGAGAUUCCAUUCUUGAUUUAUCAGCAGUAGCCCAUCUUUUCGAUGGACCUGCUCUCAAGAAUCAUCAAGAUGUCUUCAAACAGGAAACCCUCAACGCUUUUAUGGGUCUACCUCGAGCUGCUUGGCUGGAAGCUCGUCAAACUAUCCAGAAACUUCUCAGCGAUGAUGUCACCACACUCAAGGGGGAUUCACAACUUCGCGCAAAAGCUAUAGUCAGCCAAAAAGAUGCUACAAUGCAUCUUCCAGCAAAAAUAGGUGACUAUACCGAUUUCUACUCAUCAAUAUAUCAUGCUACUAAUGUUGGCAUCAUGUUUAGGGGAAAAGAAAAUGCUCUUAUGCCUAACUGGAAAUGGCUGCCAGUCGGCUACCAUGGCCGCGCUUCUUCAGUGAUCCCCUCUGGUACCCCAGUCCGGCGUCCCCGUGGACAGCUAAAGCCAGAAGGAGCUGCUGAGCCUACCUAUGGAGCUUCUCGUUUGCUGGACUUCGAACUGGAAAUGGCUUUCUUUGUUGGUGGACCCCCAACAAAGCUCGGGGAACCUAUCCCUAUAGAUAAGACUGAAGAACAUAUUUUUGGAAUGGUUUUGAUGAACGACUGGAGCGCUCGUGAUAUCCAAGCCUGGGAAUACGUCCCACUUGGUCCAUUCCUCGGCAAAUCUUUCGGGACUACCAUCUCACCGUGGGUCGUUUCCAUGGAAGCUCUGCGACCAUUUAUGAUGGCUAACCCAGAGCAGGAUCCUGCGCCAUUGAGUUAUUUGGCUCAUUCUGAUCCCUACACCGUAGACAUCAAUCUGGGAGUCACAAUCAAGCCAGAGGGAGGGUCUGAACACUUAGUCUGCAAAACCAGUUUUAAGCACCUAUACUGGACUCUGAAACAACAACUUGCUCACCAUACGGUAAACGGAUGCAACGUAAACCCCGGAGAUCUCAUGGGAUCUGGGACUGUAUCUGGACCUGAGGAAGGUGCAUAUGGUUCAAUGCUUGAGCUUUCUUGGCGGGGAGCCAAAGUAGUCGCCGUUGGUGAUCAGACUAGGAAGUUCUUGCAAGAUGGCGAUGAGGUGAACCUCAUCGGUUAUUGUGAGAAGGACAAUCUUCGCAUCGGAUUCGGUGAAUGCCGUGGCGAAGUACUUCCAGCGCUCUAAGCUCGUCCUUAUACCUAUAAAAGCUCAUCGUACCCACUGAC